CCUCACCACCUGACAUUUCGCGGUAAUUUUCACAUAUCAAACCCCUCCCAUGUUACUGUCCUUCACCACAUUGACGAGCAGCUAAAGAUCUGCCUCUCCAAGACACCACCACCCUGCACUUCCCGCUGGUCAGGAGAUGCAAGCCCGCUUCCUGACAGAUCGGAAGUUCGUAAUAUCACCGGCUGGUUGCUCUUUACUGAGCAGCCAGUGAAGCCGCCGGGCUGGGAAACCCUGCUGUUUAUUUCGCUGCGACCGCGAGUGCUGUGGAGAAUAUAUGGAGCAAUGGAAGUCAUCUAGCUCCCAUGACCGGACCUCGACCUGGCCUUUGUUCGGUGGCGUUUUCCGGAACUACCGUCCCUGGCCCAUGAUAUUGGUUUGCGGUGGAUUAGUCGUAUUCUACUUAUGCCGGAAGCAUGGAAUCUCUUUUCGACAAAUCGCCAGACUAAACCUUUAUCGGUCGUGUAUCCGACUAAUCAAGUACUGCUACCGGUACUUUGUACCGCAGACCGUCCAUUGCCAAGUGGAGUGUUAUGGUCAGGGGGAAAUUCACCACGAAAUUGUGAAAAAACUGAACAUUACUGAAGAACCAGGGGCUCCACUUAUUCUCUUUGUCUACAAAGUGUCCCGUGAAACUGAGGAUCUCCGCAACGCUCUGCAGUGGAUUGAAGGUAAUACAGGGAGGGAAAAAGAAGACAUCUGUGCUGUGAUCCUGCUGGAAAAGUGCUUGGGUAAACAGAAUUUGUCGAUGGCAGUUGCUCACCAGGGAGUGUUUGGUACUAACUCGGUGGUUGUGCGAAUUUUCUGGGAGCAGCAGCGGAACUCAUCGGGUAAGAUUCUAAAGGAUUCCAGCAACAAGACAGCGAUGGCCAAAGUCAGAGAGAAGAUUAUGGAGAGGCAGGGAAGUCCCGCAGGAGGAGGGCAUUGAUCUACUGACCCACCCAUCGUUCGGGGAAUCUGCUGACCAGGCCAGUUCCUCUCCACAUCUGCCCUGACCUGCUCUUGGCUCAUCACUGAAGAUAACUGAUCUGGGUCUCAGAAGCUCUGACUCCAGAAACAAACCGCAGACAUUCAUCUGAGCAAGGGUGUCUGAUCAAUUAUUAUAUUGAAAGUGUCAUGUGUUCUCUUUGCUUCCCUACCGAUGGGUAAUAAAAGCGUGGUGUGACUCC